GAGCUACUGCGCCGGGAGUGCGAAGCUUUUUUCGCGCGCAGGGACCCUUUACUUCGCCCGGCCACACUGUUUGGCGCUGCGUGCUCUUUUUCGCUUUACGGAAAUUUUUCGUCGCCCGCGCGCCGUGCGCGUGGUGGGUUAGUUUUUCUCAAGGCCGGGGCCAGCAUUGCUGCCGU